GGUCUGCUCUGAGUGUGUGAGUGUGAGAGAGCUGAAAGCUGUGAAAAUAGUAUUCUAUGAGAGAAACUCACUCAAGACAUGGAGCCCCAGGUGCAGAGUAAACGCCCCAAAAGUAGUGCGUUUCGACAACAACGUCUGAGUGCAUGGCAGCCGAUACUCACGGCAGGGACGGUCCUGCCGACCUUCUUCUUGGUUGGCCUCGCUUUCAUUCCCAUCGGGAUCCUGCUGCUGAUGACGUCGGACGCCGUCAAAGAGAUACAAGUUGAUUAUACGGAGUGUGUCACCGAGACCGGCAAGCUGUGCAGGGACAUAUUGGAGGCGAAUCGUUUCAAUAGAACUGGCAAUUCAUGCAAAUGUGAGAAAGAAUUCGAUAUCGAGGAGGAUAUCCUGGCUCACGUCUACGUCUACUACGGGCUCAGUAACUUCUAUCAGAACCACCGACGCUACGUGAAAUCUCGAAGCGAUAAACAGCUGCUUGGGAGACCUACCGAUGUGUCACCCGACUGCGCACCUUUCGACAGAGCAGGCGGGGAGGGCGGGCUCCCGAUUGCCCCCUGCGGGGCGAUAGCGAACAGCCUUUUCAAUGAUACGAUCCUUCUCGAGAUGCUUACGGCCGAGAACAAAUGGAGGAACGUCGAUAUUCUGAAAGACGAAAUCUCGUGGCCAUCGGACCGGAACGUUAAGUUUCGGAACGCGACGUCUUACGAGGGAACAGCCAAACCACCCUACUGGGAGACGACCAUCAAGGAAAUGGGAGGUUUCACCAAUGAAGCCUUGAUCGUCUGGAUGAGAACCGCCGCCCUGCCUACAUUCAGGAAGCUUUAUGGGCGGAUCAAUCACGAUCUGGAAGCUUUCAAGCAUAAACUCCCGAAGGGAAAGUAUAAAGCAAUUAUCACAUACAAUUAUCCGGUGGCGAGGUUCAAGGGCACAAAACGAGUCAUCAUAUCCAACACUUCGUGGCUGGGCGGCAAGAACCCCUUCCUUGGCAUCGCCUAUUUGACAGUCGGCAGCUUGUGCUUAGUCCUCGGCGCGGGCUUCCUGUUCAUUCAUCACAAGUUCGGCAAAAAUACGAGGGAUCUCAUCAGUAUUACUGGUCGGACUCCAUACUGAGCCGCAAGCAAGGUUUAUACUUCGUGAAUUCUAGUCAAACAACCGACUUAACUAUAAGGUCAUAGCAUAGCGCCUCCUCUUAACGGUCGGGACUUUGGAGUGCCUUAUCGAGUCGCGCAUUUCAUGCACACAAUAGAGGAUGGAGACAUCCGAUCAGUUAAUUCUUAGAACAUUCGUUAUACGAAGCGCUGUUGCUGUUGAUCGUUAUUCCCAAGUGCACUUACUUACUCUUCGGCUAGAAUGCCUGAGCAUGUCAAUUGUUAUCAGCUGGAUUGAAGAGAGUCAAUCGCAGAUGUGACACUCGAGUGGAAUCUUGUAAUAUAAUCAAUAUAUAUCUGUUCGUUGAUCGCUGCGAAUUUGAUUGGUAUGAACAUCUGCUCCAGGAGUCACUUGUAGAUAUUUCUGCUGCUAUCUCUGAUAAGAUAGAGUAGUUUUGAGACAGGUUGAAUAAAGAUGUCGAGUUCCAAACU